CAUGAGAUGGCAUUCAAAGGCCAAGCGGUCGAUUCGAAGACCGUGCUGUUCAACCUGCUACUGUGUCUGGUUAUAUUUUACUCUCUUUUCUACAUGAUUGGGAGUGUGUGCUUCGGUGCCUUCAGGUUGAAGCACUUUGACGGGCUCAUUCCUUUCGACUUUAAGACAGAACCUGCUGAAUCCAACUCCAAAUACUUGGUGAACCUCCUGUCCUUGGAGCUCACCUACUUUUGCAGCGGCCUGUUGUUUGCUGCAGUGGUGAGGAGGCGGGUUUGGGACUACGCCUUCACCGUCACACUUCUACAUGUAAUGAUCACCAGCCUGGUAAUGUUGGAGUUUCCCACAGUGUGGCAGUGGUGGCUGGCGUUAGGUAGUGGCUUGUUUCUGAUGAUUUGCAAUGGUCAGCUGAUAGCUUACUUCGCAUGCCAGAGUGAGCAGACAUACGCCUCCUUCAGCAUCUACUGAUGAACCGAGUUUGUGAAGUAAGGCAGAACAGAUCAGACCAGAUGUUAUCGUCCUGCAAGAGACUGCUGCUACUUUUUCCAG